GGCAGAGACACGGCAGUGGCGGCAGAGAACUUUGCGUUGACUCUCUGCCCGUCUUCAGCCGUCUAGAGUUCAUCUGCCGCAAGGAUGAACAUAGGAGCAGAGCAAGUGAACGGCUUGUGAACGGCAUCAAAACAUGCCGUUCUCUUCCGGACCUCCGCUCCGAACAUCCGCACCCCUUCUCAUAUGCUCCCGCUGACCAGCUUGCCGCCAACGGCUAACUUCUCUUCCAUCGCACCCAGUGUCCCACAACUUCUUGUGCGCAUAUCUCAUGAUCAGCGCCUGCAUUCUACGCAUGAUAGUAAACCUCAAAAAGCAAACUCCUAUGCCCGCCGUUGCUCACUGCUCCGUUCGCCUUAUCACUCUUUGCCAAACACCAAUGCCAGCACCUGCUCACGAAGGCCACCAUGAUCGAGGCCGAGGAAUAGCACCACAGUAGUCUCGGCUCAGUAUUGUGUGCGCUUUUAGGCGCCUGUGGAUUGCCUUUAUCUGAGUUUGCCCUAAAUAUUCGGCACGGACCAAGCGCCCACUGAGUGAUCAGGGUUCCCGCGUCGUGCCUUCGCUUUUUGUUCCAUUCAGACCCAACUAUUGUCAACACUCCCUUCGACCUUCAAGAGGCCACGUAUGCCAGGCACGAGUUAUAAUCCCUCCUGGAAGUACUACGCCUCCUUGCUCUAUGCCCGUCUCCUCUAAAACCCCAUCACACCUCGCGCUACCUGUGGAGAUCUGGGAGCUUAUCUUCGAGUUCGCCACGUAUGUGCCCUACGCCCUCGAACCCUAUAUCGGCUAUGUCGCAGAUUUCAUCGGUACAACGGAGCUGAAGGAACGCUGCGAGAGCGCAUUGAAGGACCCAACUCGUCGCUAUCUCCCCCUAGUCUGCAAGACAUGGUACGGGCACUCCAUCAGAUUCCUGUACCAAUCCAUCGAUAUCAAUCUCUCCAACCUCGAUACCGCCGCCUCACUCGCCUCUCUACUUCAAUCAAGGAACCCCCAAAGCCGAUCUAACGUACGGAAGAACAAGAAACACCUCGACCUUGGAGCAUACACCCAGCGUAUUGAUGUGUCCUUCUCAGCCCAAUUGCCCGGCAAGAUGGUCGCGUUGGGCUGGUCGCACCUCACGGACAUCAUCGAUUCCCUCCCGAAUCUCUCCAUCGUUGUCUUCCACGACUCUUGUCAGGUCGACCCUGCCCAGAUAAACAGCUUCGUGCUGGCCUUUAUGUCUAUCUGCCGCCGUCCAACGCUGAAAGUAUUCGACUGGAGCAACUGCCUGAUCCGUUUAUCUCCCUAUCAGCUUCGUAUACUGCUCUCACACGCCAACCUGCGCCACCUCUCCUGCUUCUCGCUCACCCUCCCUAGCAACUCCGAGAUACCUUUGGCCUCAAACACACUCACCACGCUCUCGUUUCGUUCCUCGGACCCCGAUGAAGGCAUCUCAUCAAGACGAAUAUCCUUACCGGCGCUCCGCAAUCUCAUCUCUCCCGGGUCGAGGCCCCCAGGCCGCUUCUGGCGGUCCCUGCUGCGUACAUGCGGCCCAGGUCUUGUUUCCGUCUGCUUCGCGCCCCCGAGAGUGUACACGGAAGGCGCGUUCCAGGGUGAUGUCGACCUCGUCGCUCGUGCGUGUCCAAACCCUCAACGGCUCACACUCACGAUCAAGACCGGGUACGAUGUCCCGGAGCAUCUCGAGAUCCCUCCUGUGCGCGUGCUGGGGAUACAGUUCACCGCAGAGCAUGUGUCGGAGCCGUCGCUGCGGUUUCUGGGGCACGUGUUGACGGGCGUGUGUCGGCGCACGCCGACGCUGGAGAGAAUACAGUUCUUCGCGGAUCCUACAGGAUUGCAAGGGACAGAGUUGGGUGUGUUCAUGGAGAGUUUCUCGAAUUUGCCGUUAGUGAACAUCUGGGAGGGAGGGUCGUCGGGUGCAUAUCACAUACCAGACCAUCCAGUUACGUUGAGUAUCUCUUAUGAUUGUCGUAGACGCUUGACUGGAACUUCUGUAUCUGGACAUACGAUAUAAUCAAAGAAUAAAUUAUCUUUACAUGCUGUAAUAUUCUCGGCCUUCCCGUGCAUCAUUGAAGGCUGAAGACCGUCUCGGG